AAAAUGAGUCUCUGAAUUCAAAGGUUCUCAGCGGAAUAUUUUCGCAAUUUUUUCUAUUGAAACUUUACGGUUGUUGGAAACGACGUCCGGUGCCGGGAUUUCUCAGAAUUUCUGGUGGUCGCCUCAUUUGAAAUCUAAAUACUAAUCUUUACUGUUCCGAGCAGUAAUCUGAAAAAAUGCCGCUGAGGCCUAAUAAGAAGGCUGAGGUGCGGAAGAACAGUUACAAGGUCGGAGUCGACGCCGACGAGGGGAGGAGGAGGAGAGAAGACAAUGUGUUGAUGAUUAGGAAGAACCGACGAGAGAAGAGCUUGCAGAAGAAGCGACGCGAAGGGCUUCAAGCUCAGCAAAUGCCUGCCAAACUUUACUCUUCUGCAGUUGAGAAGAUGUUGGAAUUUUUGCCACCCAUGGUUGCUGGUGUCUGGUCUGAUGAUAGUAAUUUGCAACUUGAGGCUACUAUUCAGUUUAGGAAACUACUUUCUAUUGAACGUUGCCUGCACAUUGAGGAAGUUAUACAAGCUGGGGUUGUACCCCGUUUUGUUGAGUUCCUCGCGCGAGAGGAUUUACCCCAGCUUCAGUUUGAGGCAGCUUGGGCACUCACAAAUAUUGCUUCUGGCACAUCCAACAACGCUAAGGUGGUAAUUGACCAUGGUGCCAUUCCAGUACUUGUGAAGCUACUUGGUUCUCCAAGUGAUAAUGUUCGUGAGCAGGCUGUUUGGGCACUAGGAAAUGUUGCAGGUUACACUCCUAGAUGUCGUGAUCUUGUCCUUGGCCAUGGAGCUUUGCUUCCCUCAUUGGCACUACUGAAUGAGCAUGCCAAACUUUCGAUGCUAAGAAAUGCUACCUGGACACUUUCUAUCUUUUGUCGAGGCAAGCCACAACCUCCAUUUGAUCAGGUUAAGCCUGCACUUCCAGCUCUGGCAUGCCUUAUUCAUUCGAAUGAUGAAGAAGUGUUGACUGAUACUUGUUGGGCUCUCUCGUAUCUUUCUGAUGGUACAAAUGAUAAAAUUCAAGCAGUCAUAGAAGCUGGUGUAUGUCCAAGGCUUGUUGAGUUGUUGACGCACUCAUCUCCUUCAGUGCUUAUUGCUGCUCUUCGCACAGUUGGAAAUAUCAUCACAGGGAAUGACAUGCAAACACUGUGUAUCAUCAAUCAUGGAGCUCUACCCUGCCUUUUGAACCUGUUGAUGAAUACUUAUAAAAAGAGUAUUAAGAAGGCAGUGUGUUGGACAAUCUCAAAUAUUACAGCUGGAAAUAAGGAACAGAUUCAGGCUGUGAUUGAUGCUAAUAUAAUUGGUCCACUUGUUCACCUGCUUCAAAGUGCUGAAUUUGAUAUUAAGAAAGAAGCUGCAUGGGCAAUCUCAAAUGCUACAUCUGGUGGAACUCAUGAGCAAAUCAAGUACCUUGUAAGUCAAGGUUGUAUCAAACCCUUGUGUGAUCUUCUUAUCUGCUCUGAUCCAAGGAUAAUCAGAGUUUGUUUAGAAGGUCUUGAAAACAUAUUGAAAAUGGGAAAAGCUGACAAGAAUUUGUGCAAUAAUGGAGGAGUUAAUCUCUAUACACAAAUGAUUGAUGAUGCUGAAGGUUUAGAGAAAAUUGAGAAUUUACAGUCUCAUGACGACACUGAGAUCUCUGAGAAAGCUGUUAAGGUUCUUAAGACAAACUGGUUGGAUGAGGAUGAUGGGACAUUGUCCCCAGGGGAUGCUUCUCAAUCCAAGGAUAACCUGAAAUGUGCCUGACCUUUAGCCACUCACCAAAUUCAACAUCAUAUACCGAUGAAUCAGAAGGUUCCCAUCAACCACAAAUUUCACUACCACAAGUAUUCUGUUCCCCGAAUAUUAAACCCAGGGCAGGCUGGUGCAUUAUCAGGGCUGCCAUCAAGUGGAGGUUAGUAGGGCGGGAUGGAGCUGCUAAAAGAACGGCAAGAGCAUUUUAUAUAAAUUACUAGACUCCAGAAUUUCAGCAUCUCAGAAUCAUUGAGGAGGCAAACGUCUCCCAAGUUGUAUUGCUAUAGUUUUGCAGGCUUUCUAUAUGUAGUUUGCUGUAAGCAUCUCGUCUCCCCCUGAAUUGGGAGGCAAGUUUUUCCUAGGGUUUGGUAGCUUAGACUUGUAGGUCAUCUGUUUUCAUGUGCCAAAGGCUUUGUAUGUAGGUUGGUGCAAAAUCAGCAGCCAAGCUUUCUCCUGGAUGUGUUUCAGCUCAGCCCAUGGAAGAAUUGCAACUGGGUGUUCUUGUACAUAAGUGUUUAAAUAAUGAAUGUAGGGAUAAAGAUACUCCAUUUUU